UUGUUGAUUUUACUGCACUUGCUCUUUUAAAGGCAAGGUUGUAUCUGGCCGGAAGUGGAGGAGAGGUUCGAAGUAGUAACUUCGAACAAUCGCAUUUACCCACAAAAUCAAUCACCUAUAAAUUACAAUACGCAGUAGGCUAGGAACAAUAUCCAUGCAACAUCCACAUGCAAUAUCCACCAGGACCGCCACACUCCACACAAUAAAGUCGUCUCUCUCUCUCUCUCUCUCUCUCUCUCUCUCUCUCUCAACAUUUGGAAGAAAGAACGGCUACAAUGGCAGGAAACACCACCAACCCGGCCCUGGAACCCGACACGGACAGUCCGAUCGGACCCGGGCUGGAAUUCGCCCAGUUCGGAGCCGGGUGCUUCUGGGGAGUGGAGCUGGCCUUCCAGCGCGUGGAGGGAGUGGUGAAGACGGAGGUCGGAUACUCGCAGGGUCACGUGCCCGACCCGACUUACAAGCUGGUUUGCACCGGAUCCACUAAGCACGCUGAGAUCGUCCGGAUCCAGUUCGACCCGUCUCUCUGUCCUUACGCUAACCUCCUCGCCGUUUUCUGGGACCGGCACGAUCCGACCACUCUCAAUCGCCAGCGCGGUGACGUUGGCACGCAAUACCGUUCAGGGAUAUACUACUACAACCAAGAGCAGGCUCGUUUAGCACAAGAAACAAUGGAAGCAAAGCAGAAGGAGUUGAAGGAUAAGACGAUCGUGACUGAAAUUCUUCCAGCAAAGCGAUUCUAUAGAGCAGAGGAAUACCACCAGCAAUAUUUGGAGAAAGGUGGAGGUCAAGGCUCGAAACAGUCAGCUGCAAAGGGCUGCAAUGACCCAAUUCGCUGCUAUGGUUGACGAAGUAUGUGCUUUGAAAAGUUCCCAACUUGGUUGAUCUACUUAUUGCCGGGCAUUUUGGUAUUUACUGGUUCAUAAACUAUGUUGUGAGAAUAUAACUAUGGGCAUAUUCAUUCAAGUAAAAUAACUAAUUAAGUGCCAUGGUUUAUGCUGUUCUACCGUGGCCAUAUCAGUGUUGGUGUCACUGUUGUUGUGAAUGUUUAAGUGAAAUAAAUGUCAGAUUAUACUGUUUCUUCA